CGUUGGUCAGGCGGGGGCAGGACCAGAGCUGACAGGUAGAGAUGCUGGAGGAAUAUCUCGGGGUGUCCCGAGCGCGAGCCGCAGAGCAGGGGCAGCUGUUAGCCGUUAGCUGCUAGCCGCUAGCUGUUCUCCAACUCCCUCCUCGCUCACUCGCAGAGCGGCUGCUCCAGGAUCAGUGUCCGAGGGAAACUUGUCAUCCUGCAGCCGACAUGUCGAUGCACUUGUACCAGCUGAGCAGCAAGCUGCUCGGGGACACUGUGGGCAAAGUGAACGAGAACCUGACCUCGGUGGUUCUGGCCGCCUCCGUCAUCACCCUCACUCUGGGAUAUGUCUCCAAGCUGCUGCUCAGACAGGCCUCCUCUGGACCGGACCUGAAACAUCCACCGUACAUCCCCUCCAGCAUCCCCUUCCUGGGUCACGCCAUCGCGUUCGGGAAAAGUCCCAUUGAAUUUCUGGAAGAUGCGUAUGAAAAAGUAAGGCGUCACCGCUGCAUCGGGGAGAACUUUGCCUACGUCCAGAUCAAAACCAUCUGGUCCACUUUACUGCGCAUGUUUGAGUUUGACCUGGUGGACGGAUAUUUCCCCACGAUCGACUACACCACGAUGAUCCACACGCCUCACAACCCCGUCAUCAGAUACAAGAGGAGAAAACCGUGA